AUGAUUGAUCCAGACACAGAAGAAUCUAAAACAAUUUUGAUUGGAACACCAAAUGAUGAUGAAAAAUGUGAAGAAGUCGGUCAAUCAAGUACACAAAUUUGUCAAAGUUAUAUAUUUCCAAUAGGAAAUCGUUUACUACGUUUAAUUGAUGCACCAGGUGUUGGUGAUGUAAGAGGUCUAAAACAAGAUGCAAAAAAUUGUGAUCAUAUUCUUGCUUAUAUAAAUCAAUAUGAACAUUUAAAUGGUAUUUGUUUAUUAUUUAGACCAAAUAAUGUACGAUUAACAAUUAAUUUUCGUUUUUGUUUUAAAGAAAUCUUAACACAUUUACAUAUUAAUGCUAAAGAUAAUCUUAUGUUUAUAUUUACUAAUGGACGCUCAACAUUUUAUCGACCAGGUUCUACAACUCCAUUAAUUCGAACUCUUAUUAAAGACUUAAAUGAUGCAUGGAAAGUUGAAAUUCCAUUUAAUAAAGAAAAUACAUUUAUGUUUGAUAAUGAAGCAUUUCGGUUUUUAGCUACAUAUAAAAAUGGAAUAAAAUUUUCAACUGAAGAAGUGAAUAAUUUUAGUAAAAGUUGGGAAAUAUCAGUUACAGAAUUUACUCGACUUAUUGAACGUAUUCUUAAAUGUGAAUUGCAUGCUGUUAGAGAUAGUAUAUCAAUAAAUGCUGCUCAACAACUUAUACGUAAAUUAAUACGACCAAUUGGUGAAAUAGCUCGACUCAUACAAGAAAAUAUUCAAUUAGCUCAAAAACACAAAAAAAAUGUAUUAAACAAUUCAUUAUCAACAUUACCAAAACAAAUAUCACAAAAGAAUGGAAAAGUUGUUCAUUAUGAUUAUUCACGCGUACAGUAUGUACAAAUAGACGAUGUACUAAAAUGAUUGUUGUUGAUGAUCAACGAAAAGUCAAUUAUAUAACUAAAUGUCAUGCACAUUGUUAUUUACGUGAUGUUGAACAAGAAUGUGUUGGCCAUUCAAUAUUAAAAUAUUGUCAUGCAAUUCAUAAACGCACAGGUUAUUUCUUUUUUUAAUGCAAGAGUAUCAAACACGUACGCUACACCACGUAAUACACUAUUCGGAACAGUAGUAGUUUUGCAACAAUAAGAAAGAAUUGUAAAGCAAACUAUGAAAGUUGUCAGACUAGAAUCAGAAGAAAGUUAGAUAAAACAAGAAAAAUCUGUACGAUUAUUGAAUAAUUAUUUGUACGGACAGAUGUGAUAGUGAUAGGUGUUGUCGUUUUUGGAUAUUUCUUGACGAUGCAGCAUAUAAAGGAGUAACUAUUUAUUUUAGCUAAAAUCUUUGGUGUCUGUGGAAAACUAUCGGAUUUAGUUUUGAACAGAAUUUCAAAUCGAACUAUUUUGAUUUAACUUUACUAAAAAAUAUUUUACACUAGGCAGAAAAUUCAGGAAAAAACCUAUAACUUUUGUCUGUCACGUUAUGAUGAUGAACGAUUUUAAAAUUUUCUUGGUCCCAUUGUGUUCUAUCGAAGUAAAAAAAUCAUCAGCUCAAAAGGAAUGAAUCAGUUAGAAUGCUUCUUUCGUCGGACUUCACAUGAACAAACAAUCUUUGAAAAGAAAAAGAACAAUAGCUAGUAUAAAAAUAGUCAUCAAGUCUAUAUCUAUAUACUGGGUGAUCUUUAGAUCACUAGAUGAAAAAAAAAAAACUCAAUCACUUCAGUGUGCUUCAAUCAAUCAGACUGAUAUUUUUCUCUUUGAUAGAUGACUCUUUAAAGAUUUUAGUCAUAAGGAAAUUGCCAAAUAGAUACUAUAGAACUACUAUCGGCGCCAGAAUUCAAGGCAGUCGGAUGGUUUUUGAAUAACUUUUGAUAGGAACAAGAUAGAGACCUGCGGUUUUCAGUGUUGGAUAGCCAAGACCUAGGAGCAUAUUUUCAUAAGCAAAAUCUUUUCUGAGAAAAAAUUUGAAGAGUGGUUUUUUAGAGAAUUUCUGAAAAACCAUGCUGAAUUUCUGAAAACUACCAUAACAGUCUCUUGAUUUUUUUACAUAUUCGGAAUCCGCAUCGAAAACUGAGUCGAAUCACGCAUGUUUCAAAUCUUUUCACGAACUUUUUUUUCGUCGAAAAAUUCACCCCUGGUCCCCAUGAGGGGUAGGUCAAAAAAUGAAGGCAGCCAAAACUCCGUUUUUAUUGUUUAUUGAUUUGCCAUUUUAUGUUCUACUAGCAUUUUAGAAGCUCCGAACUCGAUUUCCGUUGUCCAAGUGACUUUUUGACUGACUUUAUUUUUUGAUCUCUUCCUCAGAAGGACCAGG